UCAUGGCCCGUAAUGUAACUUGUGCAUCAUUAAGGUGGAUCGGGAAAAUUGGAAGAGAAAGCCAACUUCAGCGCCUCGUAGUAGUCGGACUGUUCUAGCAUUUGAGUCCGUGGAUAUGUGACUUUUAUCUGCUAUGGGCUGAAAAAUGCUACCAUCGUCCAACAUGGGGAAAAACCGGACGUGCAUACUGUGUGAUAUCAUCUACAGUUCCAAAGAGGAGAUGGAUGAGCAUAUGAGAAGUAUGCUGCAUCACCGCGAACUGGAGAAUCUGAAAGGCCGGGAUUGUGGGCACGAGUGCCGGGUUUGCGGUGUGACGGUAGUGAGCCUAACUGAGUACGCCGACCACAUCUCCAGCCCUGUGCACAAACAGCGUGUUGAGGCCCGCCAACGGCAGGCCUCCAAGACAGACCAAGAUGAGGAGUACUUUGACAAGGAGAUGGUUGAGCUCAUUGAGAAACGCAAGGAGUUCAUCAGGCAAGAGGAAGCUUCAACAAAGAGAGUCAGGGAAGAACAGGAGACGAUAAGGAAGUGGCAGAAUUUGAAAGAACAGUGGUCAGAUCAGAGACAGUGGAUGCAACAGCAGGGUGUCCUCUGGGGCAGACACAACCCCAACUUCCCCCAGUCACCCCGAAACAGGGGAGCCAUGAACUGGCAGGAACCACGGGGAGGUCCCAGUCCUCACCGUGGAAACUGGAACAGCCGGCAGAACAGGAGUGCUACAUGGCAUGCCGAAGGACCCCCUGACCUGCAAAGAUGGGGAUCCUUAAAUGGCCGAGGAGGCAGCCUGCAUAAUCGAGGAAACUUCUGGGGAAGCAGACAGGGCAGCUAUGGGGGUUUCUCUCCGCAGCAGAAAAACCAGCAAUCAUGGCCCAGCAAAGACGGCAGUCAAGGGCACUAUGAAAGAAACAGUCAAUUGCACUGGCAGUCCUCCAAAGAUUUUGGCAGUAACAUGCAACUGUCCAACAGUGCAGUACCGUCCAGGAUACAUCACCACCAGAAGCCACACAACAACUUUGAGAACCAGAAAAAGGGCUGCCAAGGCCAGGAAGGCUCUAGUGGAGAGAACGAUCGUAACAAAGGUAAAGGCCCUAAGCCGGAUAAAACCUGCCGCUGGGCACCAUAUCCUCCUGCCAAGCUUGGAGAUCCUUCAUCUCAAACUGAUACCCAGCCUCCUGCAGAGAAAAUGCAUUUUGGAUCUUCUGAACAUGGUAAGGCAGCACAGUCCCAGCCAGAUCUAGGGAGUAGUCUGCAUGGCACCUCUGAAACUCAACAUGAGGAGCAGCAGCAGAAAAAGCAAAGUACAACCUCCAGUAAAAGCAGUGGAAAAAUUCACUCGCACAGUCAGACAUCUGCAUCCUCUUCUUCUUCAUCUUUGUCCACACAUAAGACAGAGAGGCCUGCUAAGCAUUCCGAUAAAAAGGGCUCUGCUAAUCCUGGGUUUGUGACCAAUCUCAGUCGAGCAGCAAGUCAAGACUCUGUCAGCUCUAAAGCUUCAAAGCAUUCUCACUCAGGCUCUCAGACUCCACGAGAUGUCUCCUCUGGUGCAGAGCAAGAACGCCUGCUUUCUGAAAUGCUACGCAAAGCCAAGGAGACCUUUCUGGUCAAACAGGGGUCUGAGGAAAAGUCUGCCUCAGAGGACUGCUUCAAAGAAACUAAGCUACAUAUUGAGGAAGAUCUGGGAAGUUCAGAGCUGAACAGAGAGAAAGGACAGUUUGAGAGCAAGAGGAAGUCAAAGGAACACAGUGGAAAGGGGAAAGCAUUUGCAGACAGAAACAUACAGCAGUCCCUCAGAACUGAGGCUGCUGUGCUGUCAAAUAAUUCCACCCUCUCACUGCAGUCUCUGCAGGUUAGCACCUCCACCAUGGACCGUGAAGAUGAAGAGGAGUGUGGUGAAAGAGAAGAAGACAGCAUACAAGAUCAAGUGAUGCAGGCAGUGGAUGAAGCAUUGUGCUCCGACAGUGAAGGCUCCCGGAGCAGCCACCUCCAGUCUGUGGCAGGCUGCUCAGUACCUCCGCUAAGCAAGCUAGCCUUGCCUGCCUGUCUCAAGCGGGACCUGAAUCGGCACAUUGGCACCAAGGGCAAAGCAGUUGCACAUGAGCCCAACCUGAACAUUGCCCGACGCAUCAGGAAUGUGAGUGGCACACGGAAGAGUGAGAGUGAGAAGGACACGGGCCUCAAGCCCACACUCCGGCAGCUUAUCAGCUCCUCCGCCUCCAGGAGGAAUGUCAACUGGGACCAGGUGUACCAGGAGGUCCACCGCAAGAAGCAGGAGCAAGGCAAGGGCAUGCCCAGGUUCGGCAUAGAGAUGGUACCAAAUGAGCCAGAUGGGCCAAGCCACAUGGAGGAGGACGAUGCUCCUCUCUGUGAGGGCUUUCACUGGGACUCUCUGGUUGACUUUGGUGCAGCGUCUGUACCUUCACGCAAACGCAGCAUGUCUGAAAGCAACAUGGUCAUCGAUGGCAGUGCUGCCUCCUGUUCUCUGCUCAAAGCUGGAGAACCAUUGAGGGAGACCUCUGUUGGGGGCCAGCAACACAGCUCCAAAUUGAGGCCUCAUUCUAUUCAGGCUCUCUUAGAGGAUGAUAGUGAGGGUCAGAGGGAUAACGAGAGACUAGCCCAGGCCAGUGCACACAUGGAUGCAGCAAGUGCAAGUGGCCCUGCCCUGGACCAAGAGCCUGUAGAUGGGGACAGUAGCUGCAUGUCAGGAACUGAACUGAAUGACUGGCAAAAUGGAGGGAAGAAACGCAGAGCGGUGGGGGAUGUUGCAUCUCCAGAAAUUCCUAAUUCUGAAAGGAAAAACAAGAGGCUAAAAAUCAAGCCUAAGAAAGAACGCUCUCAGUUGGAUGAGUUGUUGGCCGUCUCUCUUCGCGAGGAGGAGUUGAACAGCUCUUUGCAGGCAGUCGAUAACAGUUUGAUCCAGGCUCGAGCUGCCUUGCAGUCUGCUUACAUGGAAGUGCAGCGCCUGCUAAUGGUUAAACAGCAGGUAACCACAGAGAUGAGUUCCCUGAGAACCAAGCGUAUAGAGAUCCUGCAAGGGUUGCAAGAUGGACCUGAGUCUCCACAGAGAAUGAAGAGCUAUGAUGAGAACUUGACUACAUCACUCCUGCCUUCAUCCUUGUCGGCCAUGUCUGAACAUGGUGCUAACCCUGGUAACUUAGCUGCUUCUUCUUCCUUCCUUUCACCAUCCGCCUCUAGCCCGCUUGCUGUUGUUGUCAAACAGGAGCGCUUGUCACCUGUGGCCCUCACGCAAGAGCGAGAUCACACAGACAGCCCUCUACCUGGCCCCCACAGUACCACACCAGAACAAGUGACAGCUACAGCUUCUGAGACAGGUGCCUCCAUUCAGUGCAGCCUUAUGGCAAAAAAGAGUCAUAAGGAUAUGGAAUCUGCCCAGGAAAGCACAGGGAUGUCUUUGAGCGGCAUCUCUUCAGACCACAAGUUACAGAUGUCCCCUCUUCCUCAAUCUCGCCGGGCCUCUCAGGAGCCAGUGCUGGAUCCUUCCUCUCCCCCUGCCAGCGUCCCCCUUAACCCCCUCUCCCCUAAGCCUUCCCCACCUUCUGCUGUCCAGGAAGCCAAGGCUGGGAAGCGUGUAAGGAAGCUGAAGAAGAAGAGGGCCCUCAGGAAGGCUCAGGGGAGCGAGCAGGCAGAUAUCAGCGACUCAGAGCUGGAUGCCGAUCAGCCCAUCCGACCACUCCGCAAGCUGCGAACCAGACGGCGGCCCAGCGGUUCCUCUCUUCUUGCUGCUGAGGAAAAAGAGGAGAGCAUGGAGGUGGCAGAGGCUCCAGAUCCUCCACAAUCACAGGAGCCAACAACAGCCCCUACUGAAAAGGAGGCCCAGGACACAGAAUCUUCAGAGCUGGAGAUGGUGGAGCUCCCCCAGUCCGUGCCCACAGAAGUGGUUAAUCUGGAGACAUCUGACCCAGACGAGGGUGUCCAAGAGGACAUGAGCCCUGCUCAAGUCUCCAAGGAAUCUGCUGCUCUGAAAACAAGACCCCAGAAGCUUGCCUGCAAUGAGGUCACCUCCACCAGUGAAAUAGACACCAGCAGUGCAGUCAAGAGCAGUGGAAGUGAGAAGAAAUUGGCUGUGAAGGAGUCCAAGGUGUCUUCAGAUGCAUCUUCAGACCCAGGAGAGGAGGACGUUCCCACUGAGGGCUCAUUUGAGGGCCAUCAGGAGGCAGUGAACGGCAUGCAGAUCCAUAAUGGCCUGCUGUUCACCUGCUCAGGAGACCGCACCAUACGAGCCUUUAACUUGGUGAGCCGUAAGUGUGUGGCCGUGUUUGAGGGGCACAGUAGUAAGGUGAACUGCUUGCUGGUCUCAUCAGGGCCUGGAUUGCAGCAGCAUCUUUAUUCCGGAUCCAGUGACCAGACCAUCCGCUGCUAUAAUAUCAAGACACAAGAGUGUGUACAGCAACUCAGUCUCCCUGAUCGUGUGCUCUGCCUUCACAAUCGCUGGAAAGUGCUCUAUGCUGGCCUGGCGAAUGGAUGCGUGGUUACCUUCAGCCUCAAGAAUAAUAAGCAACUGGAUGUGUUUGAGUGCCAUGGGCCACGGGCAGUGAGCUGUCUGGCCACAGCGCAGGAGGGUGCUCGACGUAUAUUGCUUGUCGGCUCCUACGACAGCACCAUCAGUGUAAGGGAUGCCAAGAGCGGCCUGCUGCUCCGCACUCUGGAGGGACACACCAAAACAGUGCUCUGCAUGAAGGUGGUGAAUGAUCUAGUGUUCAGUGGAUCCAGUGACCAGUCUGUCCAUGCACAUAAUAUACACACGGGUGAACUGGUGAGGAUCUAUAAAGGCCAUAGCCAUGCUGUCACGGUGGUGGCCAUAUUGGGGAAGGUGAUGGUCACAGCAUGCCUGGACAAGCUGGUCCGUGUGUAUGAACUACAGUCUCACGAUAGGUUGCAGGUGUAUGGUGGACAUUCAGACAUGGUGAUGUGCAUGGUCAUCCACAAGAGUAUGAUCUACACAGGCUGUUAUAAUGGAAGUGUGCAGGCUGUCCGGCUGAACCUGAUCCAGAACUACCGCUGCUGGUGGCAAGGCUGCUCUCUGAUCUUUGGUGUAAUGGAGCACCUGCAGCAGCACCUGCUGACCGACCACACCAGCCCCACGCAGCAGACGCUCAAGUGCCGCUGGAGGAACUGCGACUCCUUUUUCACAUCUCGCAAUGGCUCCAAACAGGCAGUGCAAGCUCACAUGCAGAAACACGCAGAGGAGGACAGUAAAAUGGAGCCUUGAGGGGCCUUUGGAGCAUCCAUCUACCUGCCCAAAUAACCCCCCUCUUAUCCCAUAUUGGGAGGAUCUCAUCUAUGCCUCAGGAUAGGAGCUAUUUCCUUGUGCAUUUUUUUCCUACAUGUUCAGAUACUAACAGCUAUUAUCUGAGCGGCAGAAGACAAGCUACUGUGGCAGUUCUUCAUGCCACCUUUGAAUACUGAGGAUUUGCAGGAUUUUAAUUUUUCACUGAGUAAUUGUUUAUAUGUGAAAGUUGUUUGUCCGUUAACAACUUUUUGAAAGAGCACAGUAGGCUUUUAUCAAUGUCACGUCAUUUGAUUUGCCUGCUGUACAAGUUUUAAGGCUUUUUGGCAUCCAAAGAUUCUUCAGUUUAUUUUUUAGUCCUUCCCUUUCACUGGAUUUGCUGGUAUGACAGUGCCAGUUUAAACAUUUUAUCUUUUCUCUUUUCCAUGUACACUGUAAUCUUAUCUUUUUAUCUGAAGCCUGGCUGAGUAUGCAUCUUUCUUUUGUACUGCCAUAGCGUAGCUCUGUCAUUUUUCAGAAAAAGAUAGAUAUGUACAGGUAAAUGGAUAACACAGCUCUCUGUGAAUCCUCCUCUUCCUGCUUGUCUCUCACCUGGUUAUGCACAGUAUUAUCAGCUCUGAGAUUCCAUGACCAAAUAAAGAUGAAAACGCUGUACAAACUUUGGGACAGAGCCAGAAGAGUUGUUGCUGAUGCUCCCCAGCUGAAAACGUUUCGUUCACUACUCUGUAUGGCAUGGGUUCAGGGAUGGUCUUUGUUUAGAGUGAUUUGAGGUGUGAAAGCAUGGUACUCGUGUCUUCUUGAGCAACCAGGUUUUGUUUUUUUACUAGAGAAGUAUUUUCUGAAGAUCCUCUCUUCCUCGUAAUUCAGUUUCAGCUCAACUUUGUUAGGGAUACCAUUUUGUGACAGUUUUAUGUUCAAAAUAGUCUGUUCAAAAUGAUUCAUUUAAAGAAGUUAUUAUUCUCAUUAGCAAUAACAUUUCUGAAGAGGGAGGGGUCAAACGUUCUUUUUUUUGGUUUUGUUUUUUGUUUUAUUUUCUUCAAAACCUAUCCUUUAAGCGGUUUUACUUUUUCCCCCACUAAUGUGGAUUCCAUAUAUAUGAUGUGGGGUUGUUUCCUGUUUUCAUUUAAGCAUUGUAUUUCCUUUUUUCUUUUUUUGUUCUCAUUACUUGGUGUGGUUGCUCACUGAUACUAAGACAAAGUGGAGGGAUUGCUGGUUUGCUGUGAUUCAGAGAUUGCAGUUCAAGGAAAUGUGUUUACUAUAAUAGAGACGGAUCCUGAAAUGUGACGGUCUGUGUGCGUAACCUGUUGUGAGCAUAAUGUGUGGGAGUGUGCUUGUUUCUAAAUAAUAAUACCAUGAAAUACUGUUGGUUUGCUUGAGUUGUUCCACGGUGAGGUUCACAUAAUUGAGAGUUUUAAAUGGACUGCCUUUUUGCAUUAUAUAUAAAAAAGGAACACAUAGAAAUUGUCAGAAGGGCACACAGUCUGGCUCUAAGAGAUUUUAUUUGACUGUGUGAGUGUUGGAAGUUGUUGAAGUUAAUGUGGGAGGUGUUCUUUAGGGAGUGGAGAGCAUAGUACUAGAAUCCCUCUCCCAUGCCAUAGCACUCCACCAUAUAUGCAGCAUACAAAAGCACACACGUGCCCAGUGGUCAACAGCAAUCAUCUUAGUUUCAUCAAGAUCUGAUUUUAAAAUUGAGCCUCUUUAUACUAUCCAGUAAUAUCUAAUCCACACUAAUUCAGAAGGUUUUAUUCCAGUAUAUGGUGACUUUUCCUUCAUAUUCUUUAUGCUACUGGCAUUUAGCCACAAGUUGUUCCUCCCAGUGUUUGCCUCUGACAGUACCUCUGUCUCACUUAGACAGUUGUGUGUAGCUGAGGGAGCAUUCUGUCAACCUCUUACAUGGUAUUCCCAAGUUUCUCAGAAGUUUGUUCAUUUCCAGUGAUUACCUUGUUUCAAUAAAAACAGGUUUUGUCAACGUGCCAUGUUUAAUCUUAA